CCUCAGCCAGAAGUUUCCGGUGCGUCGUCAGUAUGAUCUUCCGGUGAGCGCCCAGACACGCAGACAUGCCUCUCGCAAAGGAUCUGUUGCACCCUAGCCCCGAGGAGGAAAAGAGGAGACACAAGAAAAAACGUCUUGUACAGUGUCCCAAUUCCUAUUUUAUGGAUGUGAAAUGUCCAGGUUGCUACAAGAUCACCACAGUGUUCAGUCACGCUCAGACCGUAGUGCUGUGUGUCGGCUGUUCCACAGUCCUCUGCCAGCCUACAGGAGGAAAAGCUCGCCUCACAGAAGGAUGCUCAUUCAGGAGGAAACAGCACUAGUUUUGACCAGACGUGGAGGAGGAGAAUGAACAGAGCUUGAUGGAUUUCAAGUAACACUGCCAUGGAGCCGAUACAACAAUGAGAAAAUGGAAAGCAGGAAUAAAAAGUCAUGUAAUAUAAGAUGUCUAUAUACAGAAUAUGCACAGAGAAAUGCUUGGCGUUGAGACACCACCAACACCCAAUUCAUUAAUUCUCUCUUAAUAAACUUGGGUUGUUUUUUGGUUAAAAUAAUCUUGCAUGUUUGUCAUCCAGUGUGUUCUUUUUGUUUCUUGAAGGUUCUUAGAUGUCGUUGGUCUGAUAAAUGACAAUUGUCAGCUCAGGACCUCUUAAAAAGGUGUUGGUAAAAAUCAGGGGAUUUGAGGAUUCUGGCAUUUGGUAUCCUCCAAGUGUACAGAUAUGUGGCCUUGGUGGGGUUUUUUUUUGUUUUUUUUGUGGCAGGUGAUUUGCAUUGCACCCUGAAUGAUUAUGCACAAACUUACAGGAAGGUGAGGGUCUAAGAUGAGGCUUGAAGGGUUUGUCCAACAGUUGCUCACCACUAUAUAUUUAUGCAAAUUUCCUCUUGAACACACUAGACCAGUUCUAGGAAAGGAGAACCACCGUGGUAAAUUCCGUUCAACAAACUGACCUUUACUACAUAGUUUUACUAUGUAAAAACUCUGCAUAAUUGAAUGUUGACUGCCAAAGCCAGUGUUGUUGGUGCAGGGCCCGCUCUCAGUCUGAUCGAAGGUUGAUUCAGGGAAAGUCUUGCUGGCUUCUGUUUCCUGACGCUUGUAAAACACAGUACACAGUGAUAUGACACUAAAUUACAUCAUAAUGAACAUUGUGCUUGUGAAUUCACAUGUGCUUGCAAGCUUCCUGUAAAAAUGAUAAUGUGGGAUGAAUUCUUGUUAAGUUGCAAAUAAGAUCUUAACUGAGUGAGAAAACAAUAAAAUAAUGUGGCCUACAGUUUACUCAGUUUUAAUGUAGGCCAUUUGCAUAGCCUCUCUGUGUUGUACACUGAAUAAAGAAACUAAAUCAGGAGAGGGAGUGAAUGAUAACUUUCUUGUUUCUAUGGUAACAUUUUUCUUGUGUAUUGCUUGUACUUUGGAUACAGCUUAAUAAAAUCACGGUGAAUAUGA